AGAUAAUAGUAAAAUGAGAAUAGAAAUAAAAAUCUGGGAAUCAGUAUUUUUAAAUAUAAUAUAUAUAAUAGAGUAAUUAAUUUUAUUUUGCAAAUGAAACACACAUAGCAAAGAAAUGGGAGGAGAUAAGUAAGUAAGAAUUGAUCAUUAGCACCAUCUCAUGCGUAAAAGAUAUAUUUCUUCAAUAAAUAAAGUAACACAGGAUAAAAAUUAUUAGUACCAUUUUGAAUGUCUGAGGAAUCUUUCUAAAAGCAUUCAAGAAAUGGUACUAGCUUUCAAUUCUUAUCUUAGUUUGCGUUCGUUUUAUCUAAAGAAUGUCUUUAUCAAUCAAGAGAUGGCAUUUACUAUCAAAUCUUAUAUUAUUUCUUAUAGUUUUUAUCUAUGUUUCAUCUUCGUUACUCUGGAGAUGGCGCAAAGCAUACUAUAAUUUUUCAUCUAUCUUCAUCCUUCUUUUACUAUUUGUUUUCCUUGUUUAUAUUUAAUUUACAAAUUCAUGUGCUCAAGAAAUUGUUGGCAAGAUUUAAUUUUAUUAUCUUAUAUCAUAAAUAUAUAUAUUCUAUAUAUUUAUAUAUGUAGUAGGAGAAUAUACUUUUUUGAAUAUAUGUGUUAUAUAAUAAAUCAAUUUUUUUAUGUCAAUUUUAUAUACAUCGGGAAUCAUUAUUUUUAUAUAUUUAUAUAAUUAUGUAUUUUAUAUAUAAAUUCGAUUUAUUCGAAUAAAACAAGUAUAUCAAAUUCCAUAAUUAAUAUUAAGUAAAAUGAUGAAAAAAAUGUUUUUUUUUAAAUGCAGAAGAUGGCACUAGUACUCAAUUCUUAUUCUAUCUCUUCCAUCUUUCUUUUAUAUUUACUUUCUUCGUUUAUAUCUGUUUCAUUUACAGUACUCUAGAGAUGGCGCUAAAUCCCAAAUUUUUAUUUUAUCUGUAUUUUUAUCUCUCUAUCCGCUAUUCUUGUUUAGCAUCACGAAUAGAUUCUCAAGAAUCUUGUUGCUUAUUCUAUUGGAUAUAUUGGAAUAAUUAAUUUAUACAUAAAUAUUAAUUAAACUAUAUUAAAAGAUAUUAAUUAAACAUAAAAAUUUUUACAAUUUAUUAGAUUUUUAUUAUUUUCGAAAUAAUAUUUCCAUUUUAUAAUUUUAUUUUAUUUAAUAUUAAAUAUAAAUUAGAUAUUAAAAAUGUGCAUGAAUCAUUUGUUGAAGAUAUUUGUUAUUAUAAAUUUAUUAUGAAAUGAUAGGAUCAUUUUAUUUUCUUAUUUUUAUUUUCACGGUAUUUUUUAUUCAUCAAAUUUUCUUCGCAUUUUAAAAUGUUGAAAUGUUAUUUAAAAUUAAUAUAAAAUUAAUAAGAAAGUUUUUAAUAUUUCAGUCAAAUUUCAAAAGAUACGCGUUUUUAAAGAAAAUUUCGGAGUAAAACUUACUAAAGAUUAUUGAAAUAUCAAUCGAAUUUUAAUUACGAGUUACACUACGAGAAACACAUGGCGAAUGAUUUGCACGUUCAAAGUUUCAAAGUACUAUUUGAUUACGAACACCUAUACUUAGAUCGAUAAAACACGUUGCGUGCAAAAAAUAUCAAGGGCACAGGUGUACUGUUACCAUUCCUCUUUGUUUUCCGUCUAUAAAAAAAGAAAUAGAAGAAAAUGAAAUUGAAAUCUUUCGAACGUGUUCACGCAUUAAAUCGAACAAGAAUUCUCACACGUCAACAACAAUAUUCCUGUCCCUAUUUUUCAAAGAUUCAAGAAUAAUUUUUCAAUCGAUUCGUGAUCAAAAAGAAAUUCCUAUUCUCUUAUCAUUUCCUUUAUUCUUCUUCUUCUCUAAAAUUAGAUAAUUUUUCCCUCCCAUCUAUUCCUAAUAAAAUUACAACAAGCUUUCCCAUCCAAGUUAAACCAAAUUGUUUAUCCAAAAUGUUUCAAUAAUUUCAUCAUGAAAGAAUGGAUCAUGAAAGAAACAUAUUCUUGUCCUCUCUCCCUCUUCUUCUCCCCCUUCCUUCCUCCGCAUUUUUUCUUUAAAAUUCUUACACAACAACGUAAUCAAGGAAGGAACGAUGGAAAGAUCGCGAUAUCAUGGAAUGGGGAAAAAACCUAGGAUGAAAUUUUUCCUCUGCGAAGCACGUGCGAAACACGAGAUAAUAUUGGCGGAUGCGUUUUAGAAACGGAACGUCUUAUUUUUCGAUUUCCUGUCAAAAGCGGAGCAUGCUGACGCGAAGGAAGAUCGACACUGGGGAACACUGACCUCCCUCUACUACUUGCCUUGUGUCCUUGGCCUUGAAACGAGAACGUGUUUCGGGAGAUGAAAUCCAACCGCACAGGUGGAACGAUAAUUGCUCGGCCGUCAUAGCGAACGUAAGCCUCGGCUUUACUUUCGCUCCGUUACGGAAUCGGAGAACUUACGGAUGAGGAGGAGAGUCACGAGCGUUAGGUAACCAUUUUUUUAUCCCCAUCUUUGCUCGAGGGAACGGGCGAAAAAUCGAUGGAAAUCGAUCGAUCGAUAAAGUGAAAACGUACGUGUGAGCUUCGGAGAAUUAUAGAAGAGAGAAAGAAUUGUAGAGAAUUAUGGAAGAAAGAAAUCGGCAGUAUACAAUUUUUCCUUGGAAAAUUCGUUGCGCGGUGGAAUAUAUCGAGGGAAGAUGAUUUCAAAAUUUUUGAAAAUUUUUCUAAAACGAAAGCGCGAGAGCGAGCGACUCGAUGCAUUACGGUUUCAACUCGUGCAAAGAAAAUUAUCCAAUUUAUGCCUCUGAACGAGAAGACCGCUGUUUACCGACGCAAUUAAUUUCAAUUGAGUCGCGCUAUUUUUCUCCGUUUCUAUACGAAACCCGAUACAUAUUUGGCGUCGGUACAUUUCAAUUUUUUUUUAAAGGAUAGAUCUUAUAUAAGAUAAAUGUAUCUUUAAUCUUAAACCUUGAAGAUUAAUUUAAUGAAACUAAAUUUCUUGUAUGAAUCGGAUAGAAAAUUUUCAUGUCGUGUCGAUAAGAUAAUUAAUCCUAUCGCAGAUGCAAUUUGACCGAGAAAAGAAAUAUGCACAAGACGCGUUGAACAAAGAGUAUUAAUCAUUUUGAUCCGCUUUUAAUCGUAUCCGAGUAACCACGUCUCUGAUCCACGAAAAACCACUAAGACAAUAAUCGGUUUGACCUAUGGCAUCCAUUCCCAAGGCUUGUUAAACGUAAUAAUUAUUAUUGACGUCCCAUUCGUUUCCGUUUCGAUGACUUUGAAAAAUUUUUUCCCCCCUACACCUUUGCAUUGUUUUUCUCAACUUAGACUCAUAAAACUUACAUACGUGCGACGGUAUGUAUACAUUACAUAUGGAAAAUUCUGAUAUUAAAAUCAGUGGUUAACAUUGUUUCAUCGAAGUUUAUUUAUUCAAAAAAACGUCUAUUCAAAUUUUACUUAAUUUAUUUAUUCACCUAUUGAAAAAGAAAGAAAGAAAAAUGUAAAAGUCAUCAUAAGCUAAGAAAGAAAAAAGAAGAAUUUCGAAACACUAAUAUUCUCGAAUUAACGAGGACGAUAACGUAAUAAUAAUCCUGUUAAAAAAAAAAAUAACACCAAUGUGACUACAUUUAGAACAUAAAUUUUGAAUAAUCGGAAAAUAAACGAUAGAGAGAAGAAGAAAAUUGUAUCCAACAUAAAUUACAAACAUUCAUCUCUGAACAGAAUUUCCAUUUCCCCUCGAAUGAACGAGUAAGAACUAAAGAAAGAAUUACAAAUAUAUAAACGAAAACACGGGGGAGGGGGAAAGAAGAGGGGGAAGCUCGAAGUCGAGAUCCUCUUCCUCCUGAGAUCAUCGUCAUCGUCAAAAAUAUGUAGAAUAAAAUAAAAACUGGAGAGUUGAAGAAUCGAAGGCGACGGGAGGAAUCGACGAAAGGAGAGAAAGGAGAGAAAGAAAGAAGAAGGGAGCGGCGGCGAGUGGCGGGCACCCACAGCUGCUCCGACUCCUGUUACCGCGUCAUCGAGUGACGCCCGCCCGAUUGCACGCGAUACGCUCUGCCCGCCCGAUGAAAUCACCUUGCGCAAUCGGUUCUUUUUUAUCCGUGGGAAUUCGCAGGUCCCUUAUAUAUACAUACAUACGCGAUUCGCGUGCCCGACACAAGCGACAGACAAGCGGCCGCUCAGCCACGGAUGUGAAUGGUGGGUCCAUUCGUACCGAUCUGGAACGAAGGAAGCCGCGUCUCGGCCGGUGUACACACAGUCACCAGAUAAAACCGGACUUGCACUCGGUGAAUAACGAGUCUCCGCGUGGCUGUCCUCUCGGCUGCAACAACGGCCACACUGUUGUGUACCGCACCGUUUCACCGCCUCUCGUUUCCUUCGGCUUUCCUUCCUUUGGCCGACGAGAGAGAGAGGAGAAAAAUCGGAUAGACGAAAACGAGGCGAAGUUUCACACGGAGAGAAGGCAAAGAUCGGGUCGCGGAGCUUGUAGAAGUAGGAGGAGGUUGGAAAAAUCGCACGGAGACAUGGCCGAGGUGAAAGAGACAGACUGGUGACUUGAGUCGAGAAGAGUUGGAAGUUUCGAAGUUCGAUAGAGAGGAAAGAGAGAGGAAUAGGGAGGAGGAUUUUUGUUGUUGUUAUUCCAGUCGAUCUGGAAUGAUCGUUUGGAGGAGCUAAGGAGAAGAGGGUAAAAAAAGGAUUAUUCUCGUGUGAUUAUUUUUAUAUACAAUAAUUCUCGUUUGAGAUCUGAGCUUUGAGAGAUGAAUCUGUGCGAAGUGGAAUUGAGAAAUAAAAAUUUCUUCAAUUGGAGCCAAGAGAACAGCGUGUGGAAAAAGGUCUUGUUGGUUUACCUAAGUGAUUUCUGGCUGAUGACAUUCUUCUUGGGAAUGUGGGAAAUAUACACGUGGGGGGAUUAUAUGUUUUAUGAAGAAUUUGACGAUGAUUACGAGCCAUUAGAUGCUUUGUAACUCGUGAGAAAAGUUAUUUCUUCCCAGAAUUUUCUCGAGAGCAUGGAUUUCAAGAACGUGUUCGAAGAUCUUGAACCGUAUAGAAAAUUGACAACACAUGAAGAAUGGUGAAUCGAAGGAUUGAAUAGGAAGAAAAUCGUAAAAAUCGAUCCUGAAAAAAAAAGAGAAAAUAUCAAAAGAAGAUAAAAAUGAUCGUCGCAAAUGGAAUAAAUGGACACGUGGAGGAAUAUUUGGAUAAGGUCGAGGUGAAUGCGGAGGAGGAAAAGAGAAGGGAGAAGAAAGGAGUCACGUAUCAGAUACUAAUGGUUCUCUGCGCUAAUUCUUCGAUCCUGGGUCCAUCCAUGGCUUUCGGCUAUAGCGCAGUGGCAUUGGAACCGAUGAUGGCACCUAGUAGCGACGUGAAAAUCGACAAAGUUGAAGCAAAUUGGAUUGCCACAGCUACAGCACUGGGUAUCCCACUCGGUUGCAUUGUAUCUAGUUACACUAUGAGGCGGGGAAGAAAGUUGAGCCUGUUGAUAACGUCGAUCGUGUCCAUCGUUGGAUGGUUGCUCAUUUAUCUCGCUGGAACAUACGAGCAGAUUCUUGUGGGCAGAAUUAUUUCCGGAAUCGCGACCGGAAUGGCCUCGGUCCCAGCCACCGUUUAUAGCGCGGAGAUUUCUUCUCCAAAAUGGCGAUCGACCAUGGUCACGUGGACCAGCGUAACCAUCGCUAUUGGCGUUUUGAUCGUUUACAUUUUUGGCUAUGCGUUGAAGGACAACUGGCGUACGGUGGCACUGCUGUGCGCCCUGUUUCCCCUGGUCUCGGCCGCACUGACCUUGGCCAUCGUCCCAGAAACCCCGAUCUGGUUGCGAGACAGAGGUCGUCUAGACGAGGCGUUACAGGUGUUGAAGAAAUUCCGCGGUGUCCCCAACGAUGCGCCGCCCCCGCAACAAUUACACCAAGAGUUGAAGCCACGUCCCCAACGAGCGAAUCAAAACUUCGCGAAACAUUUGCUCAAGAGGAACGCCGUUCUACCAUUCGCUGUUAUGCUCGGCUACUUCUUCUUCCAACAAUUCUCUGGAAUUUUCGUCGUUGUCUAUUAUGCCGUGAAUAUAGUAGAGAGCGCUGGCAUCGCCAUAGAUCCGAAUUUGGGAGCGGUGUUGAUAGGAUUGGCCAGGUUGUUCGGUAGCGUGUUGGUGGCGUGCGCGUCGGGAAAAUUCGGUAGAAGGAAGCCAUCGAUCGUUUCCGGAUGCUCCAUGACCAUUUUCAUGGGGAUUUUGUCCGUCUAUUUAUGGAUCAAGGACAGGGGAUAUCGCGUGAACGACAACGGGCUGGUUCCAGCGAUAUGCGUAGUGAUGUACAUUUUUGGUAGCACGCUUGGCUUCUUGGUUAUCCCUUUUGCCAUGGUGGGCGAGGUGUACCCUACGAAGGUGAAGGAAGUGUUGACGGGACUGACUUCGUGUAUCAAUUAUAUUUUCAGCUCGAUCACGGUGAAAAUUUAUCCGGACAUGGAGGCUGGUAUGGGCAGGCAAGGUGUGUUCGUAUUUUUCACCGUGAUGUCGUUGUUGGGAACGUUGUUCGUUAUUUUUUUCCUGCCUGAGACGAAAGGGAAGACGUUAAGAGAAAUCGAGGACAUGUUCUCGAAAAAGAAGAAGGGGAAGGAGGAGGAGAAAACUGUUAAUUGGAAAGAAGAGAGAGAAAAAAUGAUAGAUCUCAAAAAUCCUGUAUAUGAACAGGCGUAGUUUCAUCGUCCUUUUCGGACAGAAGAUAUCAAUGCAAAGGAAAUACUCCUAAUUUUUUUUAAACUUUUAAUUACUAUUUUUUUUUUAGAAUUUGAUAAAGAAUUCGAUUGCGAAAUUUUUCUCAAUCGUUACUUAAUUAAAUCGUUCCAUUAAAAUUUAACCAUAAUACGUUACGUUAAAUAUGUUACAGUAUAUCUACCACUAUGUGUUCAUUUUUCAUUUUAAUUUAAGAAAUUCUUUCGAUUAAUGAUAACGUUACAUCGAAUAUUUUUUUAUUACCGUCGAUAAUAUACGAUUAUAAUGUGCAAUAUCAUCUCUGUAUGAAUAUAAAUAAUCUAGGAAAAAAAAUUAAUUUCAUUAAUCUUAUUUGAUAAUAGUUACAAUUUAUUAUGUAUUUUAAUCCUUUAGUUUUAUAUUAUAUAAUUUGAUCCUAUUGCAAAGUGUUGCAAUCGCAACACGUUAUUAUCAUAUUGUUACUUCUAAAUGGAACUGUAUAAAUAAAUUGUACGUGAUAACGACGCAAAUGAACGAUAAGAAAUGUCAAGGUUGUUUGUUACGGUCAUUAUUUUUCGAUUGAUGUACGACUACUAUAUUUUUCAUUGAAUUUUUCAAGACAGAAAAAAAAAGUAAAAUAAAAAUGAUUCAAAAAGAAAUGACAAAAACAAAGAAA